AUGCCUGGACUCCCCUGGCCCCACCCAAACCUCAGCCCCCCUCACAGCGGCGUCCCCUGCUGCGGGCGGCCAGGGCCCUGGGUCCUCCUGCGGGAGACAGUGAUCAUCCUGUGGCUGCUGCUGUCCAGCGCGUCCCUUCCGACCUGGGGGCAGACCAAGAUCCCUCUGGAAACGGUGAAGCUGUGGGCGGACACCUUCGGACGGGACCUGUAUAACACGGUGACCAAAUACUCGGGCUCCCUCUUGCUGCAGAAGAAAUACAAGGACGUGGAGUCCAGCCUGAAGAUCCAGGAGGUGGAUGGCCUGGAGCUGGUGAGGAAGUUCUCGGAGGACAUGGAGAACAUGCUACGGCGGAAAGUCGAGGCUGUCAAGAGUCUGGUGGAGGCUGCUGAGGAGGCCGACCUGAGGCAUGAAUUCAAUGCAUCUCUGGUGUUUAACUACUAUAACUCGGUCCUGGUCAACGAGAGGGAUGAGAAGGGCAACUACGUGGAGCUGGGGGCCGAGCUGGUGCUGGAGCCCAAUGCGCACUUCAGCAACCUGAGGGUGAACACCUCGGUCAGCAGCGUGCAGCUGCCCACCAACGUGUACAACAAAGACCCAGAUAUUUUAAAUGGAGUCUACAUGUCAGAAGCCUUGAACCCUGUCUUCGUGGAGAACUUCCAGAGGGACCCUACCUUGACCUGGCAGUAUUUUGGCAGCUCAACUGGAUUCUUCAGGAUCUAUCCAGGUAUAAAAUGGACACCUGAUGAGAAUGGAGUCAUUGCAUUCGACUGCAGAAACCGUGGCUGGUACAUCCAGGCCGCCACGUCUCCCAAGGACAUAGUGAUCCUGGUGGACGUGAGCGGCAGCAUGAAGGGGCUGAGGCUGACCAUUGCCAAGCACACCAUCGUCACCAUCUUGGACACCUUGGGAGAGAAUGACUUUGUUAACAUCAUCGCCUAUAACGACUACGUCCACUACAUCGAGCCUUGUUUUAGAGGCAUCCUCGUCCAGGCAGAUAGAGACAACCGCGAGCAUUUCAAACAGCUGGUGGACGAGCUGAUGGUCAAAGGCGUGGGGGUCGUGAACCCAGCCCUGAGUGAAGCCUUCCAGAUCCUACAGCAGUUCCAAGAAGCCCGGCAAGGCAGCCUGUGCAACCAGGCCAUCAUGCUCAUCACCGACGGGGCUGUGGAGGACUACGAGCCCGUGCUGGAGAAGUUCAACUGGCCUGACCGCAAGGUCCGAGUGUUCACUUACCUCAUCGGGAGAGAAGUGACUUUUGCUGACCGCAUGAAGUGGAUCGCUUGCAAUAACAAAGGCUACUACACGCAGAUCUCCACACUGGCGGACGCCCAGGAGAACGUGAUGGAGUACCUGCACGUGCUCAGCCGGCCCAUGGUCAUCAACCACGACCAUGACAUCAUCUGGACAGAGGCCUACAUGGACAGCAAGCUCUUCACCUCGCAGACUCAGAGCCUGAUGCUCCUCACCACCGUGGCCAUGCCUGUCUUCAGCAAAAAGAACGAGACGAGAUCCCAUGGCAUCCUCCUGGGCGUGGUGGGCUCUGAUGUGACCCUGAGGGAGCUGAUGAAGCUGGCGCCCCGCUACAAACUGGGUGUGCAUGGAUAUGCCUUUAUGAACACUAACAACGGCUACAUCCUCUCGCAUCCUGACCUCCGACCCUUGUACAGAGAGGGCAAGAAACUGAAGCCCAAACCCAACUACAACAGCGUGGAUCUCUCCGAAGUGGAGUGGGAAGACCAGGCGGAAACCCUGCGAACAGCCAUGAUCAAUGGGGAAACGGGUUCUCUCACCAUGGACGUGAAGGUGCCCCUGGACAACGGGAAGCGAGUUCUUUUCCUGACCAAUGACUACUUCUUCACAGACAUCAGCGACACACCUUUCAGCCUGGGAGUGGUGCUGUCCCGCGGCCACGGGGAGUACAUCCUCAUGGGGAACACAUCCGUGGAAGAAGGCCUGCAUGACUUGCUUCACCCGGAUCUGAGCCUGGCCAGCGACUGGAUCUACUGCAUCACCGACAUCGACCCUGACCACCGGAAACUCAGCCAGCUGGAGGCCAUGGUCCUCUUCCUGACGGGAAAGGACCCUGACCUGGAGUGCGAUGAGGAGCUGGUGCGGGAGGUGCUGCUGGACGCGGUGGUAACGGCCCCCAUGGAAGCCUACUGGACGGCGCUGGCCCUCAACACCUCUGACGAGUCGGAGCCGGAGGUGGACAUGGCCUUCCUGGGCACCAGGGCCGGCCUCCUUAGGGGCAGCUUGUUCGUGGGCUCCGAGAAAGUCUCUGACAGGAAGUUCCUGACGCCAGAGGACGAGGCCAGCGUGUUCACCAUGGACCACUUCCCGCUGUGGUACCGCCAGGCCUCCGAGCGGCCUCCCGGCAGCUUUGUCUUCAACCUGCACUGGGCACAGGGACCAGAAAGCCAGGGGGAGCCGCUGGCGGUGACGGCGAGCACAGCUGUGGUGGUGACAGUGGACAAGAAGACGGCUGUGGCUGCAGCGGUGGGCGUCCAGAUGAAGCUGGGGGGUCUCCAGCGCCGGUUCUGGGCGGCCACGCGCCAGUGCGACGCGGCGGCUGGGACGUGCCCGGAGAGCUGCGCCGACAGUGACCUGGACUGCUUCGUCAUAGACAACAACGGGUUCAUUCUGAUCUCAGAGCGGGCCCCAGAGACUGGCAGGUUCCUGGGGGAGGUGGACGGCGCCCUCCUGAGCCAGCUGCUCAGCAUGGGGGUGUUCAGCCGAGUUACCAUGUACGACUACCAGGCCAUGUGCAGACCCCAGAGUCACCACCACAGUGGGACCCAGCCCCUGAGCAGCCCGCUCACCGCCUUCCUGACGGCGACCAGGUGGCUGCUGCACCAGCUUUGUCUGUUCCUGCUGGAGUGGUGCGCCUGGGGCUCCUGGCAUGAGCGCGGGGCCGAGGCCAAAGCUGUCUUCCAUCACUCCCACAAGCACAAGAAGCAAGACGUGCUGCAGCCCUGCGACACGGAGUACCCGGUGUUUGUGCACCGCGAGGCCAUCCGGGAGGCCAACGGCAUCAUCGACUGUGGCACAUGCCAGAAGGUCUUCGUGAUACAGCAGAUCCCCAACAGUAACCUCCUCCUACUGGUGACAGACUCCACCUGUGACUGCAGCAGCAUCCCGCCAGUCCUGCAGGAGGCCACGGAAGUGAAAUAUAACGCCUCUGUCAAGUGUGACAGGAUGCGCUCCCAGAAGCUCCGCCGCAGACCCGACUCCUGCCACGCCUUCCACGCAGAGGAGAACGCGCAGGACUGCGGCGGCACCGCGGACACCUCGGCCUCCCUCGCCCUGCUCCUGCUACCUCUGUGGGCCUGGCGCCAUCCGCCCCAAGCACAGGCCUAG